UAUUAGUUUACUUUAAAAUUGUUAAUAAUAUUGUGUUUAAUAUCAUUAACAUUACGAAGUAAUAAGCCAAAUCACAAUUUAGAGAGAUCGGACUGUUUUCGUAAUAUCAAUAUAUUUUUUGGCUUACACUGUUGAAUAAUGUUUGGUGGUGUAAGGCUGAAAGUAUCUUUUACACAUGAAAGAUCAUGUUUUGGAUACCUAAGUCCAAAGUAUAGCUCUAAUAAUGAAAAGCCUUUAUGUGUUCAAGUUCUAUCUAGAGAAAAACAAAUAUUACUAUGGGCAGUUUUCAACAGCAGUGUACCAGAGGGCCAAAUUGCUUGUAAUCCCAUUUACAGUAAAAUGGUGGGCUUAGAAGAAGGGAUGGAGGUAUUUCUGGCCCCUUACACUGAUGUCAAGAUAUUGGAUGAAAUUUUUAUUGAUACAGAUAGCCCUGAUGAUCAAGAAAUAUUGGAACAAAAUGUAGAGAUUUUACAACUAGGAAUUUUAGAUCAGCUUAGACUAGUGGUUGCAAAUCAAAAGGCUGUUGUGUGGAUAUCAACAUCAUUGCCAGUAGUAUUCACACCAAAACAGACGGGAUUAUUAAUUAAUCAUAGUAGAAUAAUUGUCAAAGUAGACGCCUUCAAUAGCUAUAAUGGCGGCCUUACUCAUUCAUAUGUAAACAUUCCAAAUGAAACAGAUAAUAAAUUCAAUAACAUUGGAAUACUAAACAGUGGACUCCUUCAACCGUAUCUAAACACACCACAGAGGCUAGUAUUGCGAGCUUUACUGAUUGACAGUGAUGGCAAAAAGAAUUUAAUACAUCCAUACACUGUUUUUAUACAUGAAGAUUUAUUAAAUCACAAGUUACAAGAUUUGAUGGUAAUACUGGCUACGUUGGAAGUCAUUCCCUCUGUGAUAUCGGAAGAUGGUGAAGAUGAAAUAGAUACUAAUAUUCAUUUUGAUAGUCUGUGCGUUGAAAUUGUGCCUAUUGACAAUGUCAUAUUCCGAAGCCUUGCGAGAGAAGUUUAUAAUAAAAAUAUACCCACCGUACUAAUACCUAAAUCACUAAAUGUCAUAAUUAAUUUAGAAAAUGGUAUAAAAUUAAUGUUGAAUGUAAUAGGAGAGAAUGUUGGACAACCAGAACACAUUGAAAUUGUAACUUAUUCAGAUAGAGCUCAAACUGAAACAGAGGUGAUUGAAAAAUUUAAGAAUUGUGUUGUUGAAAACACACACUCUGGAAAAAAGUUUCUGAUCAAUGACAAAUUGCUGAAGCAGAAUGAGCAUAUAAGUAAUGGCUUCUUAAGGUUUAUACUUAAGCCAAGUACUUUAAAAUACACAUUGUUAAAUUCUGAGUCAUUCAGGAAUUGUACGGUCUCAGCCAAAUGUUUGAAUGAUGCCUCUCUAAUUCUACCGAAGUUCACUCCGCCUAAACUGGAAUAUGAUUACAAACACUAUUGUAGAACAAUAAAGUCAUCACAAGACUUAGUUCAAAAGAUAAUAUUACAUAUAAAUUUUGAAAUACAAAGAGAGGCAACUUUUAAAUCUUUGUCUGAAAUAAAGAGCAAUAUUUUAGUAACUGGACAAAACGGUGCAGGCAAAUCGGCAUUAUGCCACAUCGUCCAAAAAGAGUUGACAUUGUGGUCACAUAUCUUGCACUGUCGGUCUCUUAAAGGCCGGAAGGAUAUCACUGAGGUGCUCAGUAAAGCUAUUCUAAAGUGUCAAGAGCAUAGCCCGGCUGUGUUGAUCUGUGAUGAUGUGGACGCGUUGAUACCACCGAAUACGGAAGGUGGCCCACCAAUGGACAUUGCUUAUUAUCAAAGGCUCGCUGUAAUUGUCAAGCAAAUGCUGCAAACAUGUCCUGGCGUUUGUGUUCUUAUGACUGCUGUCAACAUGCAAUCUUUGCAUCCUACGUUGAAGCAGUUUAAUGGCAAACCGCUGUUCACUGCACAUUUUCACAUACCAGAGCUAAAUCAAGAUGAAAGGAUUGAACUUUUCAAGUAUUUAGUCAACGAUAAGAUUCGCGAGAUGUUUUUGGUUGAAGACGAUGAUGUAAUAAAAUUCGCAAUGGACACAGGCGGAUGUAAUGUUCGAGAAAUAGUUGAUUAUUUCAAUAGCAAGAUAUUCAAUGCUGUUAAAAAGAAAAACGCCCAGGCGGCGGAGCGCGCGCGGCUGGUGUGCGGCGGGCGGCGGGGCGGCGAGCGCGCGCAGGCCUUCGACAUCUGGGGCCCCGUGGGGGGCCUGCACCACGUCAAGCAGCAGCUCACGGAGAGCAUCUUCUGGCCCAUCAUGUAUCCAGCGCUAUUCCCAAGCCAGUCGUGCGGCAUCCUGCUGUUCGGUCCGCCGGGCACCGGCAAGUCUCACAUCGGCUCGUGUCUGGCUCGCCUCACUAACAUGCGACUCAUAACAGUCAAAGGACCGGAAUUACUGUCCAAGUACAUCGGGCAGAGCGAGAAGGCCGUCAGGGAUGUUUUCGAUAAAGCAGCCAUGCAACACCCCUGUAUCCUGUUCUUCGACGAGUUCGACAGUCUCGCGCCCAAGCGCGGCCACGACUCGACGGGCGUGACGGACCGCGUGGUGAACCAGCUGCUGGCGCGGCUGGACGGCGCGGAGGGCGGCGCGCGCGGGCCCGUGCUGGCGGCCACGGCGCGCCCCGACCUCGUGGACCCCGCGCUGCUGCGCGCCGGCCGCCUCGCGCGCCACGUCUACGUGGGGAUGCCCGGCGCGUCGGAUCGCCUGGAAAUAAUAAAGACGCUGUCGAAGGGUGUGUCGAUUGAUGAUGAGGUGGAUCUUCAAGAUCUGGUGCAGAAGACCGAAGGGUACUCGCCGGCCGAUAUCAAAUCUUUGCUCGUUACCGCGCAAUUGGGCAGAUUGGAGAGAGAAUUGGUAAAUAGCGAGAACAGAAACCUGGAUGACGUAACAGUGGGCAAGGAGGACAUCAAAAAUGCGCUAGAGGAAACCAAACCCUCACUUUCAAGCGAGAAACUUCUAUUCUACGAUACAAUCUAUAAGAGAUUUCGAGGUGAGAAUCUAUCGCCGGAGCAGAAGGUAAUAUCCCAAAUUAUGCAGAAACAAAGAGUUACUUUAGCAUAAAUAUAAUACACGAAUAACAAAAACACACAUGCGCAUUAAAAUGUUUUUUGGUCGCACACAAGCCAAAGUAUGUAGAUGUUCUGCCGUCAUCUAUUUUUAGGUUAUAAUUUUUUUUGUUUCAAUUUAAAACUUAAAACUCUCCAGUCAAAUUCAAAGUAAUGUAUAGCAUAUAUUAUUUUAUUUGACUUGAGCACUAUAAUAUUAUCGACUUAAGCACUAUAAGUGCUCAAAUUUGAAAAAGUUCAGUCACAGGGCUCACGUGCUUUCCGACGUACGGAAUUGCGCACACUUUCUAAAAUCUCUCUCAAAAUACAAGAUAUAAUAUAAAAACACAAUACAUGAGUUUACGGUUGAAGACGUAAUUUUAGGGGGUAAACCCAUAUGGUUGGUCGUAUGUAUAUUCUUUGUAAACAUUUGGAAAAUAAUUUAUUUAUUAUAUUAGGUCCUUACAUAUGAAAUUAGCGUUUUGUCGUACUGACCACUUUGAUCUGAAAUAUCUCCUCUUUGGUUAAGAAUUCCAAAUUCAAAUUUAUAAAUUCAUUUAGCUGGUACAUUUGAGGUUUGAAAACAGUCAUUCAUUUGUUUUUUUUCAUCAUUAUUUUUUUCUUUGGCGUCGCUUAUUACCGCACACUGGAAAACAUGAAAUAUCGGUAUAUUUACGAGUACAAGUUCUACCAUGGCACCAGUGCUGCAGAAACAGCUCGAAGGAUUAAUGAUGUGUACGGCGCUGGUGUCCCAAAAGAAACCACGGUACGUUUUUGGUUUCAACGUUUUCGUUCUGGAAAUUUCGACCUUCAGAACCAACCCCGUGGACGGGCGGAGACCAAAGUGGAAAAUGAAGAAUUAAAGGCUAUUGUGGAAGCGGAUCCAUCACAAAGCACUUCAGAGAUAGCUGCAGGCUUCGUGGUAAGAAAUAAAACUGUAUUAAUCCACUUGAAGCAAAUCGGGAAAGUAAACAAACUUGAACGAUGGGUACCUCAUGAGUUUAGUGAGUCGAACUUGCAAACAGGCGUCGACUGCUGUGUUACUUUGCUCAACCGACACAAUAAUGAAGGGAUUUUAAAUCGAAUCAUUAUUGUGAUGAAAAGUGGAUAUUGUACGAUGAUCGAAAGCGCUCGUCGCAAUGGCUGAACUCUGGAGACCCAGCUAAAUCCUGCCUUAAACGAAAAUUGACUCAGAAAAAGGUACUUGUGAGUGUUUAGUGGACUAGCGCCGGUGUCGUUCACUACAGCUUUCUAAAAUCUGGCCAAACGAUUACGGCAGAUAUCUAUUGUCAGCAAAUGCAAACCAUGAAGGAAGAACUAGCUGCUAAACAACCGAGAUUGGUCAAUCGCUCUAGGCCACUGCUGCUUCACGACGACGCAAGACCACACACUGCACAACAAACAACCACUAAGUUAGAUGAGCUACAUUUGGAAUGUCUGCGACAUCCACCAUACUCCCCGGACCUUGCUCCAUUUUACAGAUUACCAUUUUUUCCGGAAUUUGGACAACUUCUUACAAGGAAAAAAAUUCAACUCCGAUGCGGCAGUCCAAACCGCCUUCAAAGAGUUUAUUUAUUCUCGCCCCCAUGGUGUUUUUAGUAAAGAGUUCAAUGAACUACCUAUGAGAUGACAAAAGUGCAUAGAUAACAACGGUGCAUACUUUGAUUAAUUACAUAUAUUUUACAAAAAAAAAAAAAUUGACUUUAUAUUCCUCCCGUACGAAACGCCAAUUUCAUAUGUAAGGACCUAAUAUGUUACAUUCCGAAUCAGUUUUAUGGUAAACAAUGCAAUAAAUGAGUGUUGUUAGAUGAAAUAAGAUUGUAAAUGAGUUUUUUUUUACUUAAAUGUUUUAAUAUUGUGUUAUUUUGACAUUUUUUUUUUAAUAAAUAAUAAUUGUCAGCAAUUCAGAACGUGAUUGUGAGUCAGAAAGUAAUAUUAUUAUAUUAAUAGUAAUUAUUUAACUUAAAAAAUAAUUACCAUAUAUACAUAUAUAAUAUAUAAUGUACUUAUGUUGUACUAUACAUAUAAAAUUAUGCUCAAAUGAAAUGUUUAUGAACAUCAAUUUUAAUUGAAUUUAUUUGCAAUGUAUAUGUAUAUAUAAACUUGUUUAAAAUUCUAGCGAAAAAUUCAUAACUAUCACAUUAAAUUGCAUUAAAUUUUAUAUUUAUUCGAACAAUAUGUUUUGUUUUGACUUUAAAAAUAUUGAGUACAAUUCAUACGCUUUGCCCUUAGUAGUGCUACUACUUCAUCUUUUAAGAUAAAAAAGUUAUCUUUGAAAUUUUUAAAUAAGAAUAAAUGUAUAAAAAAUAUAAUCGUUUAUUUAGCAUAUAAGAUACAUUCCAUUAGAAUCUGUACAAUGUUGAAAAAUCGAGGAAGGAUCUGGAAGGAAUCGGUUGUUUCAUAUUGUUUUUAUUGUAUUAGUUUAUGGUCAACAGACAGGUUGGCGAGGUUGGUAGAUAUUGGUGCUUGCCUUUCACGUCGAAGUCACGUCGUUAUGGGUUCGAUUCCCACCCAGGACAGACAUUUGAGUGCAUGAACAUGCCUGUUUGUCCUGAGUCUGGGUGUAGUUAUCUAUAUAAGUAUGUAUUUACAAAAGAAAAGUAGUAUAUCUGGUUUCCAUAGUACAAGCUCUGCUUAGUUAGGAAUCAGAUGGCCGUGUGUGAAUAAUAUCCCAGGAUAUUAUUAAUGUCCCAGGAUAUUAUGCAUUAAGGGUUGUUACAAAAGAUACUACGUUUUUUUUGGCUUCAUCCUACACACAUUUUUCAUUUUAGUAAAAUAUACAUUACGAAUUGAGAAUAUCCUGACGUUUUAAUGAAAUAAUAUAUUUGUAAGUGUUAUGUUUAAAAAAGUUUUUUUUUUUUUUAAUAUUUCGUACAGAUUCUGAUGAAAUGGACGAUAGAUUGUUAGAAUCAAUACUGUUUAAUGUAAUAAUCACAUAACUGUGAAGGUGGUCUUUAAAUAUUUUUGCUGUUGUAGUGUAAAUGUUUUUUGCUAAUAUAUAGAUAUAAGCAAAUUGAUACCAAAAAUAUUUAUUAUUCGUGUCAUAUGUAAGUGUCAAAUGUAUAACUUUAAUAUUUUAAUGGUGGUAGAACUGUACGGUUAUCAUCGUUAUAACUUCUCAUAUAGUUAGUAGUAUAUAUAGUGGUGACCAUUUACCACCAUCUCGUACUUCGUUUGCAUUAUUGUCUAUGUCUGACUAGUAUUCGCCCAUUGGUUGAAUUUCGAUCAUAAUAAUUAUUGAAAUUAAAUUUCAGGAUAACAUAUAUGAACUUUCAUGCUUCAUACACUUUUAUUUUCCAAUUAUUUUUUUAUUGAUAUGAUAUAAAUAGAAAGUUGGUCGAUGGUUUUGUCUUUGCCUAUAUAUGUGUAGAUUAUAAAAUAUAUAACGUAAAUGCUUAUAAUUAUAAUCAAGCAUAUCUUGUAAAAUGUUUUAAAGUUAUCCAAGAAACACUAGUGUUUUUGUUAGGUUAAACUUUAGGUAGGUGUCGCAAUCAGAAUAGCCUUCUAUUUAAUUAUUAAGGAAUUUUGGUUGUGAAUUCAUAACAUAAUUAGCCUUGUUUUUGUUGUACAUAUUUUUUUUUUUCAGUAUUUGUAUAUGUAAUAAAUUAUAUUCUUUUCAUACGUUUAAAUAUUUUACUUUAGAGUUUACUUUACCUUUGUAAAUUGUUGAUUAUUGUUUUUGUAUAUU